AUGAUUCAACGAUGGCUAGCUCUUACGCUUGACUUUACGAUUGGAAUCCUUGCGGUCGUCGUUGUAACACUGUCAACGCAGCUCAAGUCAGACACUGGUUUCACUGGUGCCUCUUUGAUCACUCUGAUGAGCUUCAAUUCAAGUGUAGCGAACAUCAUUCGGAUGUACACACUCCUUGAAACAUCUCUUGGUGCCGUCAAUCGCUUGAAGACAUUCAGUGAUAGGGUUGCACCCGAGCACUUGCCUGGCGAGAACAUUGCUCCGUCAAAGUCAUGGCCAAAGAAGGGCUUGAUCGAGAUUAAGGGCGUGUCUGCAUCUUAUGGGGACACUUCGGACGACUCGGGACGCGAUUCCUUUAGUAGCAACAGCUCAAAGAAUCUCGCUUUGAGGGAUCUUGAUAUGACUAUUCGUCCGGGCGAGAAGGUCGCCAUUUGUGGUCGAAGUGGAAGUGCUGAAAACAUCUUCAUCGACGAGGUUCCUUUGUACCGUAUAAACAGAUCCGUACUCCGUCAACGGAUCAUCGCUGUGCCACAAGAAGCUGUGUUCUUACCAGAUGGAAGCAGCUUCAAAGCAAACCUUGACCCUUAUGAAGUCGCGACUGAAACAGAGUGUCAGAGAGUGUUGGAAGCCGUCGACUUGUGGUCCUUUGUCAGCGAGAGGGGUGGGAUCUCCGCUGGCAUGAGUGCAGACACUCUGAGCCAGGGACAAAAGCAGUUGUUCAGUCUUGCCCGUGCAAUCCUCCGCCAUCGGGUUAGGGCUAUGGACUCGGCUAUAGAACUGGGCGAAAAAUGCCAGGGUGGCAUUCUUUUGCUUGACGAGGUCAGCUCCAGCGUCGAUAUGGAUACUGACCGCGCAAUGCAGGCUAUCAUCAAGAAGGAGUUUGAGGGUUACACCAUCAUCAUGGUGUCACAUCGCUUAGAGAUGGUAAUGGACUUCGAUACAGUCAUCGUGAUGAGCAAGGGCUCGGUGAUUGAGAGGGGUCAACCCAGGGUACUGGCCGAGACGGAAGGUAGCAAGUUCCGGGAGUUAUAUUUGGUUUCUAGGACUGGCCGUGAUGUAUAA